AUGGCGGCGGCUGCGGCAAGGUCCGGAUCCCGGCGCUUGUUCUCCAUAUCCGCCCUGGUGCCACCGAAGCCACCGACCCUUCCCCCGAAGGCAGAUCCCUUUGCCAGCCUCUUCGUUCCCGGGUUAGGCAAGCGAACAGCAGCUGAUGGACUUAGGGGAGCUUUUGCAAAGUCUGGUGAAGUUGUGCAUGGUUCUCUUUUGGCAAACCUUCCAGCAUCAUCUGUAAAAAAUUCAAGGUGGUAUAUGAUCAGUGCAAACCGUUCAGGUCCUUUGACAGUGCGUAAAGAAUACCGCAAAGUACUUCCUUCUUUCAUAAGGCCAUCUGCAUCUUACUCCACACAAGCUUCAGAAAAAAGACCAAAACAGGAGAAAACAGACUUGACGACUGUUGAAGAUCCCUUUAAUGCCCCUACCUACAAUAUACCUGAGAAGCCAGUGACAUUUGUCGAGGGCGCCUCUUACAGUGUUGUAAUACUUGCUGGGCUUGGAGUUGCUGCAUUGGCUGGAUACUCUGUUUUCAAAGAGCUUAUAUUUGAACCAAAAGAUUAUUUACUUGGUCAGCUUCAGGGAGAAGCUGAGUACCAGGAGCAGACCAGGUACAAGAUUUUUGGGAAAGCUCUAGCAAGAGUUCAGAGUGAUAGCCAGGUUACAGCCAAAAUUGGUUACCCUAUAACUGGUUAUGGUACGGAAUCCAGAAACCGUGCAGCUCGGCAGCGCAUCCAAAACAGGGUUUGGACAGAUGAGGAUGGUGUUGAACAUGUGGAGGUAGGCUUUCAUAUCCGAGGGCCGCAUGGAGCUGGAAAGGUGUUUGCGGAGAUGUUCAAAGAUAGCUCCGACAGGACAUGGAAGUUCACGUUUCUUCUCGUCGAGAUUACGUCACCGCGACCCGCACAAAUCAUGUUAGAAUCUUACCUACCAGCAUGA